GCCAGCCCCAGAGGUGGGGAUUCACAACUGGUCAGCAAUGGGGUCAAAGCCUCACUAGUGACUUGUGCUGGGGGCGGGGUUGCUGGGCUGAGGCCUUUCUGUGCUGCACAGACUCCUCACUUGCAUAGGGGGCUGCUGGCUUGCAGGAGGGCAGGGCCUCCCUGGUGGACUGCCCCAGGCUUAGAGCCUUGCUGCUGCUCUUGGACCUUGAUCCCCUCCUACCUCAGUGAGACAAAUCUUUCCUGCUGUGCUGGACAGCAGCAAUACAUUCUCUCCCCUGCCAUGGAUAUGAUCUUUGGCAAGAACACGAAGGAACAGCCAGAGCCUUUGAGAGCCAAAAUUAGAGGUGAGCUGCCAACUUGGCUUCAUGGGACUCUCCUACGGAAUGGCCCUGGCAUGCACACCAUUGGGGAGACUACAUAUAAUCAUUGGUUUGAUGGUUUGGCCUUGUUGCAUAGCUUUACCAUUCAAAAAGGUGAAGUUUAUUACCGAAGUAAAUACCUCCGAAGUGACACCUACAAUUCCAAUAUUGAAGCCAACAGGAUUGUGGUGUCAGAGUUUGGAACUAUGGCUUAUCCAGAUCCCUGCAAAAAUAUAUUUUCCAAAGCGUUUUCCUACUUGUCCCACACUAUUCCAGACUUCACCGAUAACUGCCUAAUCAACAUCAUGAAAUGUGGAGAGGACUUCUAUGCUACUACGGAGACAAAUUACAUUAGGAAAAUCAAUCCAGAAACUCUGGAGACCCUGGAGAAGGUUGAUUACCGUAAUUAUGCAGCUGUAAAUGUGGCAACUUCUCAUCCUCACUAUGAUGCUCAAGGGAAUGUUCUCAACAUGGGCACAUCCAUAGUUGACAAGGGAAAAACUAAGUAUUUGGUGUUUAAAAUACCUCCCACAACACCAGAGGAAAAAAAGAAGAAAAACAACUUAAAACACCUGGAAGUCAUCUGCUCUAUCCCAUCCCGCUCUCUUCUCAGCCCAAGCUACUACCACAGUUUUGGAGUUACUGAAAACUACAUCAUUUUCCUAGAGCAGCCCUUUAAAUUGGAUAUUCUAAAGAUGGCCACUGCCUACAUUCGAGGCACAAACUGGGCUUCCUGCAUUACCUUCCAUGAAGAAGACAAGACUUACAUUCACAUCAUUGACCGAAGGACAAGACGGAUCCUGAUGACCAAGUUUUAUGCUGAUCCCAUGGUUGUCUUCCAUCAUGUAAAUGCCUAUGAAGAAGAUGGCCAUAUCGUGUUUGAUGUCAUUUCCUACAGGGACCAUAGUCUUUAUCAGCUCUUCUAUUUGGCAAACUUGAAUCAAUACUUUGAGCAGAACUCUAAACUUACUUCCAUACCAUCCCUCAAGAGAUUUGUCGUUCCUCUUCAGGUGGACAAGGAUGCAAAAAUGGGUGAAAAUUUAGUCAAACUUGAGUCGACAACAGCAACUGCUCUGAAGGAAAAAGAUGACCAAGUCUACUGCCAAGCAGAAGAACUAUGUGAAGGGAUUGAGCUGCCCCGUAUUAAUUAUGCUCAUAAUGGGAAAAAAUACAGAUACAUUUAUGCAGCGGAAGUGCAGUGGAAUCCAGUUCCAACAAAGAUAACGAAAUUUGAUAUUCUGACAAAGUCAUCAUUAAAAUGGGAGGAGGAGCACUGUUGGCCUGCUGAGCCUGUGUUUGUGCCUGCCCCUAAUGCACAACAAGAAGAUGAUGGUAUUAUAUUGUCAGUGAUUGUCUCCACUGAUCCCAAGAAACCACCUUUUCUGCUCAUACUGGAUGCAAAACAAUUUACAGAAUUGGCUCGGGCAUCAGUUGAUACAGAGAUACACCUGGAUCUACAUGGGCUAUUCAUUCCCUCUGUGGGUUCUCCUGAAGAGGCAGAGGACAAUGUGUUUAGGAACUAAUCUAGUGGACUGGCCUAUAGUGAUGCUACUUUGAUAGUUGGGAAUAGGCAAACUGAGUGGGAUCUUAUAGGGUCAUAAACCUGGAAAUUUUUUCUUUA